GCCAAUGGAAUAAUUCACCUAAGAUCUUCACAAUGUAGUUGCUAGAUUGUAAGAACUCAGUGAUUUGGUCCUUAGUACAAGCUAAAUGUAUGUCAUCUCAUCUAGUGAGGUUGUCACAUUUCAGGCACUUGUGGUGAAGCUAAGGGAAGGCACCGGGCCAAAUGCUAAUACUGGUGUUGUCACUGGAGUUCUUGCAACUGUUGGGGAGCUUGCUAGGGUGGUGGGUUUACUUCCCUAUUUUUUGGGUUAUAUUUUGAAUCACGCAGUGUGCUAUGGUACAAGUUCUAAUUUCAUCAAGUCUGAUACUUUAAAUUAGCUUGCCUUUUAUGUGGGCGGUAUGAAAAGGAAUGAUGAAAAGGUUCUAUUUUGAUGCUAAAAUGUCGAAGCAUUGCUCUAGGAGGUUUUGCUUGUUUACUUUAAUUUGUAACAAGUAGUAAUCAUGUUGUCAUUUUGGUAUCUACCUCCUUUCAUAGAGGCUAGCAUACUUGCUUGCUGCAUUACACUUUGGGGACCACAUGAUGUGAAUUAUUGUUCUUGAAGUUUUUCAGCUUAGUUUGGAAGAAAACCUUCAAGGUACAUUGUUCAACUCUAUUGAAUAAAUUUCAGGUAGAUUGGAUUUAAUCUUCCAGUUGCUGAUCUUUUCCAUCAUUUGUGUUGUUAGGGAAAAAAGAUCAUGUUGUCCUCAGUUGGAAUCAGAGAUAUAAGAUUGCUAUCAAUGUAGCUGAGGCACUUGAUUAUCUACAUAGCCGCAGUGCUUAGUCCAUUAUCCAAAGGGAUGUGAAAUCAUCGAACAUCCUUCUAGCCGAUGAUUUUGAGCCACAGUUCUUACAUUUUUCUUUUAUGUAGCUGAAUUGAUAUGUUUGUUAUGUAGCAUCAUCAUUGUCUUUAGCCAUUCAAACCUGAGGACACUGACUAUAUCACCAUCAUUUGACUUGUAGAAUACAAAUGACCAUAUCACUUGGGACUGGGAGUGAUGAAGUGCAAGUGCAAAAUGCAUUACUCCUGCAUGUUCUGUUGGCAAAACCUGUUUCUGAUAUUACAGUUUCAGAGCAUUCUGCAGUUUAUCAGCUCAGGAGGACAUGCAUUCUGAAAGCUUUCUCUAAGUUUGGGAGUAGAGAUAAAAAAGAAGCCACCUUUGUUAUUCCUGAGCUUAGGAAGUUGUCAGCUGAUGGCAAAGCUGGCAAUCUCACCAUCUUACUUUUUCUUCAGGGGAAGCCGCAAUUACUUCCAGUGAAAGUGAUCUACUCAAAGACCAAUUCGAUCUAGCAUCUUUUCCAUGUAAUUUUUAUUUCUAUUUUCUUUCCUUUUUGUCUGAUGAACUGACUUGUUAUGUUGGUUGGUAGACUUAUACUUUAUGCAUGCAAUGCAGAGAACUACAUUGUUAUCAUUGUUCAUAGGCUUCUUUUCCAUGUACCAUAUUCGUUAGACGCAGAACUAAUCUGGAAUGUUGGUUGGUUAUAAUAUGUCAUAUGGGGGAUGCAAAGAACCACAUGUUUUACCUGCAUUUUACAUUGUUGUCAUGGUUCAUGCUCUGGAGUGAUUAGAAAAAAAAUAAUCUAAAAAGUUGGCAAAAA